CCAAUCGUCAAUUUUCUGUUUAUGUUAUGUCUUGAAAAUUAAUAAUUCUUUUAAACUAUCCUCCUAUUCUAUUUAUAGGUUUUAAAUAUUUAGUACCGUUUAAUUAUAAAUAAGUAUCUGUGGGCAUUGUGUUCAUCGAGUAAAUAAUUCAGUACCGUGUAAGUACAUAAAUUUGAGUGGUGAAUCAUCAUCCAUAACAGAGUGCAAGAUGGAGUGGUUGUUUGGUCAUCGUAUGACGCCUGAUGAGAUGCUGCGCAAGAACCAGCGUGCGCUAAACAAGGCCAUGCGGGACUUGGACCGUGAGAGAGUCAAGAUGGAGCAACAGGAAAAGAAAGUCAUCAGUGACAUCAAAAAGCUGGCCAAAGAAGGCCAGAUGGAUGCAGUGAAGAUAAUGGCGAAAGACUUGGUACGCACACGGCGCUACGUGCGCAAGUUCAUGCUGAUGAAAGCCAAUAUACAGGCAGUGUCCCUCAAAAUUCAAACUCUCAAAUCCCAGAACACGAUGGCACAGGCUAUGCGUGGAGUAACUCGAGCUAUGGCCACAAUGAACCGACAACUCAACAUGCCGCAGAUACAAAAUAUAUUACAGGAGUUUGAGAAGCAGUCGGAGAUUAUGGAUAUGAAGGAGGAGAUGAUGAAUGACUCCAUUGAUGAGGCCAUGGAAGCAGAUGAUGACGAAGAGGAGAGUGAUGCGGUGGUGUCCCAGAUCCUGGACGAGUUGGGUCUGCAGCUCACGGACACUCUGUCCGGUCUGCCUCAGGCGACGGGCUCCCUGUCAGUGCCGGCGCGCACGCCGGUGGCGACGGGCGUGGGUGUGGGCGGCGGCGGGGCGGGGGGCGCGGUCGGUGCCGGGGGCGCGGGCGGGGGCGCGGCGGGGGGCGGCGCGGCCGACGCGGACGCGGAGCUGCAGGCGCGCCUCGACAACCUGCGCCGCGAGUGACUGCACCCGACUGUGAUCGCAUUCAAACGCCGGAACUAUGACAUAUUCGGAGUAUAUAUUAAACUCAAAUCUACCCGACGCGUAGCGACUGUCCGUCGUUUUCUCGACAUGUCCAAUUCAAUCCUGGCUUGCUUCGAUUCUAUAUGUUUAUUUCGACUA